AUGUCCAACCAGCAGAAUCAGACCGAGCAGAAGGAGAAGGAGUUUCGCGAGUGGGCGCAGUUCAUGAACCAGGACGAUAGACUCCCAGCGAUGGCGGAAGAUGACCUGCGAGACGUUUACAACGCGCUCCAGCAAGAUUUGACCGCCAACCAGGUGGAGGACCCGAUGCCCGCUACUACCUUCACCAACACGUCUUCACACCCUCCGACGUAUGGCUACCAACCUCAUGCGCACAAUCUCCCGUCGCAACAGCUCGUGCAGACGAAUGUACCGCACAACACUCACUUCUGGGCACCACAAAUGCAAGAGCCGCCGAACACCACUCCAGCAGGACAGUACGAAAACACCGGCUUCAAUCUGGCUCCACAAAACCCUCUGAACGACGAUGCGGUCUGGCGUCCCGACUUCCAGUACACCGCCUUCAAUCCGAAUCACACCCAGGUGCCCGUUGUAGGGCAGAUCCAGAACACGGGAUUCUACACGCUUCCUGACAACCGCUUCGCCAAUGGUGCUGAGUUCGCUCCUGCGAUCGAUGGCAACGCUGUGCACCAAAAUGGAGCACUUUCUGGUGUGCCAGCUCCACAACGUGUCCAAGCAGAACCUCAACGCUGGUUCCCUCCUACGGCACCGGCUGCGGACGACCUUAAUACUGAGAUGCAGGACCAGGCCAACGGUGUUGAUGAUGAAGAUGCAGAGCACGAUGCGGCCGCUGCACAGCUUCCGGAGGAGUAUGAGUUCCUCGAUUACAUUCCUGAGGAGUGGGAUAUUGAGCACCAGGCUCAGCAAGCUGACGAACCGGCACGUGUGGAGACUGAAGCUCAGAUGCCGCCUGGCGAUGAGAUCCAAGACGACACCGCACCUCCUCAACCCAGCUCCAACCAGAUCAAUACACAGGACGACGAAGAAGACUACGGUGACGAGGACCUAGUCAACGGUAUCUCUGCCCGACGUAAUGCUCAACUCGCAAAGUUCGGCCGGAAGCGUCGUGCCUCAAGCUCCGUGCCUGAGGAGGAGUACUACCUCUGGAAAGGCAAGGCGUACCUGAUCCAGGGCAACGAACCGGAAGAGUGGCUGAAGGAUCGAGUUCCCAGCAAGAAGCGGAGGAUUGACCCGAUGUUGGCUGAAUUUCCACCUCCACCGGCUGUUGCUACCAACGUCACAGCCGGAUCGGAUGAUGGAGGAUAUGAUGAGGAGCCCGACUCGCCACUUUCCGAGCUGCAGGACUCACCUUCACCGCCACCGAGUAUGACUGAGCCUCUUGCACCCACGUUCACCGUUCUUGGCGAGCCUGACAAUAUCAUCGCGGUAGCUCAUGGCGACGCUCCCGUGGUUCCGUACGAGGUGUUGGAGGCUGCGCGUUCGGAAGAAAAUGGUUACGACGAUGAUGACGAAAGUGGAGUGUACGACGCGGAUGAAAUGGAUUUUGAUGAAUGA